UAAACCCUAAAUUAGAUUCCCAGAGUGGUACUGAUAAUUGCUCUCUUCCUGCAGCAAAGAAGAACUGUGUAGCAACUUCAAAAGGAUGUCUUACUCGUCCGAGGAUGAAACCGACAUAAGCGAUUCCGAGAUGGAAGAGUAUGUCGAUCGGUGCUACGAACAAUUGAAGGUCGAGACUCAGAAGCUGAAGUUUUCAGACACAUUGUACAGGUGUCCGUACUGCCCCGGAAAGAAGAAGAUCGUCUAUCCAUUUAAAGACAUUCUCCAGCACGCCUCCGAUGUUGCCAAGGGCUCGCAAAACAAGGACAUCAAGCACAAGGGAAAGCACUUGGGCCUCGUCAAGUACCUGAAAAGUGAAGUUGACCACGAAGACUUGUCUUCGGAGUUGACCGCGUUGACUCUCGUUGACCAGCAGGAGGGCAAUGGUGUGAAAGACUUGUUUGUGUGGCCAUGGAUGGGAAUUGUAGCUAAUUUUGAGAGUGUUUCGAAGUUGAAAGAUGUUCUUGCGAAGAGGGGAGUUGACGCAGUUAGGGUUCGCCAGCUGUCGAGUGGUAGUAAAUACGCGGUUGUGGAGUUUAAGAAAGAUUGGUCUGGAUUUUACGGUGCGAUAAUGUUUGAAAAGGGUUUUGAGGUUGUCAAUCAUGGGAGGAAGGAUUAUUAUUCUCCUAACUUGAGCGAUGAAUUAUUAUAUGGUUGGGUUGCGCGAGAUGGUGACUACAAUUCGGACGGUAUUUUGGGUGAUUUUUUACGGAAGAAUGGAGAUUUGAAGACGGUGGGCGAUUUGGAAAACGAAGAGAAGAGGAAAAACGGGCUGCUCGUUGCUGAUUUGAGCAACACUAUUCAAGAAUUGAGGAUGCGUUUGGAGAAGAACAACAACUAUCAUGAACAGGACUGAAUCACCACUCUUUCGAAAGACAUCUUUUAGUAUCGGUUUUAAGCUUAUCUGUAAUUUUCCUAUUUUACCCUCUCUUCCAAAUUUUUCGUGCUCGACCUUUGUGUGAUGGAAUUGGGGGUUGAAGCUAUCGGAUAUUUAGUUUUAGUGUAACUAUUUUAACAUCGUUCGUGUUUCUAAAUGCUGUCCGUGCAAGUGUUUUCUUUUCCUA